UCCAUCGUCCCAGCGGAUCAGAGCCACAAGAACGAUACUGAUGAAUGCAUUACUCUCACCUCAUUCAGCAACUCCAGCUCUGUGCCAGACGCCAAUCUCCAUUUCAGGCCAAACAACUCCAUGCCCUCAUCUUCAAAUCAGGUCUAGAUCAUUGUCCUCCCCUUCCCAACACCCUUCUCGAUGCGUACGGCAAAUGUGGUCUCGUCGUCGAUGCCCUCCAAGUGUUCGACGAAAUGCCCCAAAGAGACCCGGUUUCCUGGGCCUCGAUUCUUACCGCCUACAACCAAACGAAUCUCCCCCAUCUCGCCCUUUCCAUCUUCCCCAACAUGUUCAGUCUUGACGGGUUGAACUGUGACCAUUUUGUCCUGGCCAGCCUCGUCAAGGCCUGUUCCAGCUUGGGUGAUGCAAGGCUGGGCAAGCAACUUCAUGCUCACUUCGUACCGUCCCCGUUUUGCGACGAUGAUGUUGUCAAGUCAUCUCUCGUUGAUAUGUACGCUAAAUGUGGAUUGCCCGAUGACGCACGUUCUGUUUUCGAUUCCAUUUUUUGUAAAAAUUCGGUUUCUUGGACUGCCAUGAUCUCUGGGUACGCUCGGAGGGGGCGGAAAAUGGAAGCUGUUGAGCUCUUGAAAAGUAUGCCGGAGAAGAAUUUGUUUUCUUGGACGGCUUUGGUAUCUGGGUUGGUGCAGAGUGGGCAUUGCAAUGAUGCUUUUAAUCAUUUCAUUGAGAUGAGGAGAGAAGGGGUUGAUAUUGUAGACCCCCAUAUUCUUUCCAGCAUUGUUGGGGCCUCAGCCAAUUUGGCUGCAAUGGAGCUUGGGAAGCAAAUUCAUUGUUUUGUGUUGGCUCUUGGCUAUGAAUCUUGCUUAUUUACCAGUAAUGCCUUGGUUGAUAUGUAUGCAAAAUGCAGUGAUGUAUUGGCAGCAAGGAUCAUUUUCGAUUCUAUGAGCCGAAGAGAUGUUGUUUCUUGGACUUCGAUUAUCGUGGGGACAGCCCAGCAUGGACAAGCCAAAGAUGCAUUGUCUCUGUAUGAUGAGAUGAUAUUGGCCGGAGUAAAGCCGAAUGAAGUGACAUUCACGGGACUGAUUUAUGCUUGCAGCCAUGUUGGCUUAGUUAGCAAAGGCCGCCAAUUUUUCAAAUCAAUGGUUGAGGAUUAUGGUUUGAGUCCUACUCUACAACAUUAUACUUGCUUACUGGAUCUUUUUGCUCGGUCAGGACAUCUGUAUGAGGCUGAGAAUCUUCUGAAGACCAUGCCAUUCGAGCCAGAUGAAGCUGCUUGGGCUGCUUUGUUAAGUGCUUGUAAGCUCCACGAGAACAUCAAAAUGGGUGCUAGGGUUGCUGAUCAUUUACUCAGCUUAGAACCAAAAGACCCUUCAACUUAUAUACUGUUGUCUAAUGCUUAUGCUGGGGCUGGAGUGUGGGAGAAUGUAUCCAAGGUUAGAAAGCUGAUGGCUGUUAUGGAAGUUAAGAAGCAGCCUGGUUACAGUAGUAUUGACUUGGGAAAGGAGAGCCAGGUGUUUUAUGCCGGGGAAAUAUCGCAUGCCAUGAAGGAUGAGAUUGUUGGUCUGCUUAAAGAGUUGGAUGCAGAGAUGAGGAGAAGAGGCUAUGUUCCUGAUACUAGCUCAGUUUUACAUGACAUGGAGAAGAAUGAGAAGGAAAGGCUGCUCUUUUGGCACAGUGAGAGGCUGGCUGUGGCUUAUGGCUUGCUCAAGGCUGUUCCUGGGGCAGUCAUUCGCAUCGUGAAAAAUCUUCGGGUUUGUGUAGAUUGCCAUACCGUUCUGAAAUACAUUUGCUUCAUUGCUGAGAGGGAGAUCAUCGUUCGCGAUGCCAGCAGGUUUCACCAUUUUAAGGAUGGAAGAUGUUCGUGCUGUGACUUCUGGUGAUUGCAUUGUUUUCGAAUCCAAGCAAUAUGAUAAGGUACCAAGCUUUUAUCCCACCACGUGAGAUCGACUAUAUGAAUUCUACUUUAAGAUGUUACUCAUACAGUGUUAUUCGAAUGUUGUGACAAUUAGGCAUACAUUCGAACAAUAGUUUUGAAUCUAAGCCAUGUUGCUGCAUAAUGUAUCUGCCUCACAUUGGUGAUGGAUAGUAAUAGAUUGUGCUACCUACUGGAAUGUUAUACGCCUUCUUCAGGUGUUUAUUUAGGUUACGUUUGGUUGGGCGGAAUGAAGGGCGAGAGAAUGGGAUUCUCGUAUAAGGUUGUUUGGCUGAUGUAACAGAAUAAAAUGAUCCAUCUCCUCCUAAUGAUGGAAGGACUUUCUAUCACAAAAUGGAUGGAAAGCCUUUUCAGUCCAUGAAAUUGGAGGUAUUAUUACAUUUUUACCCUCACAUUUUUUUUCUAAUUAUAUAAUGUCAUAUAUAUAAGUUUGU